GGUAGUAAAAUCAAAUAUCCCGCUUCUCAAACACAGACGGUGCCGGAGAAGUCAGACACGGCACCUAGAUCCUCGAAGUCAUCAUCAAUCAACACAAGACAGCGUUCCAAAUGGACCCCACAAUCAUCUAUCUUACGGCGGUCGGUCAGGUACGGUGUCAUAUAUGGCAGAGAAUCCCAAAUUUUUACCAAACAGUACGUCUCAUUCAUUUCUUUCUUCCUUUCUUUCUUUAGGAAAGUCUCUUUCAUUCAUUCAUUUAUCAAUUAAAAAUAGGAAAGCCCACGUUUUCCUGGAUUCAACGGCCUUUCAGCUUGAACAAUCAAUCGGAUUCCAUAGCAUUUCAUUCAGGCUUUCACGGUUAGAUGAGACCUGGCAGUCCAACUUCCUUCAAUCUUUAGCCCAGGUUCGAAAACGCAUUGCUCUGAUGCACAAUGGCAGGUCGAAAAAAGAUUUGAUCUCCUAUCCAUAUCCACUGCAAUGCCAAGAUCCCCCAUUUCCAGAAAGUUGACUUCUUUCCUGGUUUUUAGAAAUUCCGUGUACAAGAUCCCCAAUUCUUAGGAAGAUGGCUUCUUCUUAGACACAUUUUCCCACUGCUUCCUAAAGUAUUUGUUGCUUCAGAAGAUUUGAAGGCAUAUUAAUUGAAUGGGAGAGGAGGAGAAACUCCCAAUUGACAGUGAGGAACAUGGAAAAGAAGAUGGGGGAGGUCAGAGGAGGAGCUGGGGGUGCAUAUCUGCCAGGCCUGUUGACUGGUUCAGAAUGCUUGCCAGAAAAACGCACUGGAGCUUUGUGUUUGGCGUGGUGGUGGUGUAUGGGAUAAGCCAGGGGCUGGGUGGAGCGUUUGCUCGUGUGGGAACAGAAUACUACAUGAAGGAUGUGCAGAAGGUGGAGCCUUCUGAGGCUCAGGUAUAUACAGGAAUCACUACUAUCCCUUGGCUUGUUAAACCACUCUGGGGGCUCCUCACUGAUGUUGUUCCCAUUUUGGGAUAUCACCGAAGACCUUACUUCAUCUUUGCUGGGGCUAUCGGAAUUGUCUCAAUGCUCUUCUUAUCAUUGCACACGAACCUGCAUAUUGUGUUUGCACUCCUCUCCUUAACAGCGGGAAGUGCCGGAGUUGCAAUUGCUGAUGUUACUGUUGAUGCUUGCGUGGCACAGAACAGUGGUGCCCAUCCUUCCCUUGCACCCGACAUGCAAAGCUUAUGUGCUUUGAGUGCCUCUAUUGGUUCACUUGUGGGCUUCUCCCUAAGUGGCAUCUCCGUCCAUGUACUUGGGCCUAAGGGGGUGUAUGGCUUGUUGGCUAUUCCAUUUGGGCUUGUGUUUUUGGUUGGGAUUUUGCUCAAGGAACCUGAUUUGCACAAUUCUCCUUCUCACCAGGUAAGCCAGAAAUUUGGGAGUGCUGCAAAAGCUAUGUGGAAAACCCUAAAAUGCCCUGCUGUGUGGCGUCCAUGUGUGUAUAUGUAUUUGUCCCUUGCAUUAAGUUUUGAUAUCUCUGAAGGGAUGUUCUACUGGAUGACAGAUGCAGAAGGAGGACCUCGUUUCUCAAAGGAGAGUAUUGGUUACAUAUCCGCUAUUGGGUCCAUCGGAUCUCUGUUGGGUGCUAUACUUUACCAGUAUGGAUUAAAAGAUCACCCCUUCAGAGGGCUUCUUUUCUGGACGCAAUUAUUGUAUGGUCUCUCAGGAAUGCUGGAUUUGGUUCUCAUACUACGCCUAAACUUGAGGUUCGGCAUACCAGAUUACUUCUUCGUGGUUAUAGAUUCGGGCAUCUCUCAAAUGAUAGGGAGACUGAAGUGGAUGCCCCUUUUGGUACUAACUGCCAAGCUCUGUCCACCUGGCAUUGAGGGCACAAUCUUCGCACUGCUCAUGUCUAUUGACAAUACUGGCCUUCUCACAUCCUCAUGGGGUGGGGGGAUUUUACUUCAUGUCUUGAAAAUCACAAGGACACGGUUUGAAAAGUUAUGGCUAGCACUCUUGAUAAGAAACGUGUUAAGGGUUACUCCUCUUUUUCUCCUGUUCUUGGUCCCGGGGAGUGAUCCCAACUCUAUCCUCCUCCCGAGCGAAGGUUUGGUCUCUACGCGUGUGACCCAUGAGUCUCCUGACAGCACUCAGAACGAAAAUAUUGAGCUUGUUUCCCUUGUUGACAGCAUGGACAGUGCUAGAUAGCCAGGGGCUAUGUUAAUGUGGUUUGAUCCUUUCUUGAGGAAAAGCUACACGGAUUUGAUAACAUAUACAGGCCAACAUAGUUAUUUAUCAGACCAAAGAAAACCAUUCAUUUUGUGUCUGAAUUUUGGAUGCUGCAAUUGGUUGGCUAGAGUAAUUGUUCCUGUUUAUUCCACAUGAUUUUUUGUUGUUGUAAGCAAAUUAUAUAAUUAUAUCUAUAGAAUAUAGAUAGAUAGUAGACCACCACUUGUACCACAAAACAGUGUAUGUUUCUGUAACGGUGUGAGUGUAUAUUGCAGCCUAGCAGGACUAUAAUAUCAAUUCGUACAGUGUGUGUAGUUAUGAACUUCAAUAUAUGCUGAAUACCAAAAACCCAAAGCGGGCUUCUUAUUUGUCACAGCUUUGUUAACGACUGUAACUGUUUGCC